AUGGAGGUUAGACCUAGGGAGGAGGCUGAGAAGGAGGCUCAAGGGUGGGAGGCUCCGGGCGGGAAGGAGUUAAGCGGAGGCCGGGCCCCGCCCCCCGCAGGCCGCAGCGCCGGAGCCCAGCCGGAGCCGGAGCCCCAGCCGAAGCCCGAGCCGGAGAAAGGGGACGGCGGCGGCGGCCUCGGAGCCUGCCAUCCCCCGGGAGAGCGAGCCCGCCCUCCCGUCCGGCGCCUGGGGACUGUCAGGCCGGCCCGAACCCCGGGCCUGAGCCUCGGAGGCGGGCGGAGCGCAGCGGAGGGCAGAUCCGGCCCGGUCCCGGGCUGCCAGCUCCGGGGGCGGACCCGGGAUCCCCGGGAUCCCCCAGAUUCCCCAGAUCUCCGGGCCCCG